AUGGAAUCAAUUCAGGAGCAAAUACGAAGAGAAGUUAAAGCCUACCGAAACUCGGCUCAACCGUUCAGCAUCAAUGAUUUUUGUUUUGAUGAAAGAAACAACCGUGCUUAUUUUCUGGCAACUGACCCUUCUUGGAUGAAGACUUCUACUUUGUAUUACGUGGACCUCGAUAAAAUAGAAGGGAAUGACAACUCUCAGGUCGUAAAAAAUGGUUCAACGGAUGUUCAACGUUCUGAUCUCCCGUUUAGCUUUGCCAAUGACGAAAUCCACGCGAAAG